AUGUUGUACGAUAGCCCGAAAACAACAGAUAUAAUGACUUCAUCGCGACAUGUUGUACAACAAGCUCAAACCGCAUUCAACCUUGAAAUUGAAAAAUUCAACAAUAAAACAUCAACAUUCGCGUCAUCGCCAUCUUCUUCUUCAUCCUCAUUUUCAUCAUCUUCGUCGUCAUUAUCGUUAUCUUCAAUUUUGUCUUCGUUAUCACCAACACUGGCAUCUUCUUCAUCGUCGUCGUCAGCGUCCAAAUUUCAACGAAACAGCGCUCAAUUCAAGAUCAACACUUACCAGAAGGUUAUUGACACAAGCGACAGUUAUGAAGUCUCUAGAUCAAGCGAUGAAAUGCGCGUGGGCAGGCAGAGAGGCUGCGUAGAAGCUUCUACAAAUUUGUCUACGUCCGUGUACGUUUGCGUUAUGUGGCACGCGUAA